GCUUUUCCUUACAACAAGGUUUACAUUCGUGCUAUCAAAUUCAUUGUGUAAGUUCAAUGUCAGCAGCCUACAAAUUGAAGAGAAUUCUCCCAAGGAAACGAUGAUCGCCAGUGCUUCAUGUACUGAUGAGGUAGUGAUAGCCAAUAUUAGUGUUCCAUUUAAGCUACGUAAAUCGGCUGGAAUUCAGUCUGGGGCUAAUUUAUUCUAUGACCUGGUGGUGAAAGAUGACGUUGAUUACGAACAGAUCGAAGUAUAUGAAAAUAUCAAAAUUACCAAAGCACCAGACGACGACACGCAUCAAUAUGCAACGGUGACAGUUCUUCCUGUGAAUGAGUACGCCCCAUCGUUUGAUAACGCCACAAAUUCGCAACAUUUUAUACAAGAAGACGUCAGUGCAGGAACAAUUAUUACAACAUUUACAGCAUCUGAUGAAGACAAGGGGGUGGAUGGUGAUAUCGAGUUUAGUAUAUCGGGGAAAGAUGAAAGUGCGUUCAGAAUAGGUCUAACGACUGGUGUUCUCUAUCUAGAACGUUCUACAAAGCUUUCCGAAUCUCCAUAUACAAUCAUCAUAAUUGCAUCUGAUAACGGUACUGAGGUGAGGAAAAAAGUUACACAUGAGUUCGUAGUAGAGGUUGAUGCGGCUCCUACAACAAAUGUUACAUCUACUGUUGGAACAGACACACAAACUGAUCAUGGGAAGAGCUUACAAAGUACAAUUACUACGGUAGCACAAGAAAAUGAAACAACAACGGCACAAGACAAGAUUAACACAACAAAAAAAGUAACUGACAAUUUGGAAGAAACUACUGAAAUGGUGACAACUGAAAGGACAUUUUCCGAUGCACUUUUAAACAUCCACAUGCUGGCCCAAAGGACGGGGAUGGAUAACACGGUUAACAAAGAUGAAAUGAAUAAAAUCAUGGGUCAAAUGUUUGCUUUGUCCAAUCAUUCCAUUCUCAACGAUGCAGCACUAUACGAGAAAACAGAUAUAAAGCGUUUCAAACAGCUAUUUAUUCAAACUGCAAGUAACCUUUUAGAAGAAAGGAAUUCAAAAUAUUUGAACAGCUCCAUCGAACUAAUCAAGAUCUUGGAUAUAUUCAGUGAAGCAAUGCUACACAGCGAUGCAGCUGAAGACAUUACAGCUACAAACAUAAAAAUAGAAAAGCUGUCUUUGGACUACACGACAAAUUGGCAACACGUUAUCGAAAAACAAGGUGUUGGAUUUGAUGGAAACAAAAUAUUUAUCCCAAAUAAUGUGUCGACUGAUAUCCCUGAGCGUGUGAUUUAUGGUGUGUACAAGGGUGGAAAGUUCCCAAAAUUCAAAUUGAAAAAUGACAGCUCUUCAGAGACUUAUGAAGUCAUCAGUGACUUGUUAACGUCCAUUAAGAUAUCUAGUAUCAGCUCGCAGUUGUUCAGCCAGCCAGUUCAGAUUGUGAUGAAAAUUGCUGAAACUAACUUCUCAAGCAGAUAUCCAGUUUGCGGAUUUAUUGAUUUCUCUUCAGAAAGUUUCCCUUGGAAAACGGAUGGUUGUUCUGUCCAUGCAGCAAAUCGUUCUCACGUGACCUGUUAUUGUAACCAUUUGACGAAUUUUGCUGUUCUCAUGCAAGUACAAUCUCUAAAGAUGUCUCCUGUAGUGAGUGCGACACUAGAGAUUAUAACACGUAUUGGUUGUGGCAUUUCAAUAUCGACAUUGGUUGUAUCUCUGUUGAUACUCUUUAGAUAUGGGUUGAAAUCUGAACGGAUGAUCCUGCUGAUAAACCUGAUGCUAGCUCUGUUGAUAGCACUGAUUGUGCUGGUUGCUGGUUUAGGGGCAAUUCAUGACAAGUUGAUAUGUCAAAUCGUGGCUAUGUCCCUUCAUUAUUUCUUUCUGGUUGUCUUCACAAUGAUGCUUAUUGAGGGAGUUAUAUUGUUAUGCAAACUGUAUAAACCCCUCCAACGACGUCCCAAACUUGGAAUUGCCUUAGUUCUUGGAUGGGUUACGCCAUUGGCCGUUGUUGUGGCAACAGCAGCUUCUCCAUUGGGAAAGGGAUAUGGAACUAAACGACAUUGUUGGUUGAGUAUAGAGAUUGGUACAAUCUGGACGUUUGUAGGUCCUGCCGUCUUUGUCAUCAUGUUGAACUUGAUUGUUCUGGCUGCAGUUCUGCGAGUCUUCUUAAGUGUCAGAGUCAAUGCUAGAAAGUCAGAGGUGGAAAAGAUAAGGUCGAGUGUGCGUGCUGCAGUAACACUAUUGCCUCUUCUAGGAGUCACAUGGUUGUUUGGUAUUCUCGCCAUAGAUGGGGCUGCCAUCGUUUUUCAAUAUAUUUUUGCAGUUCUCAAUUCACUACAGGGUUUCUUUAUGUUCAUAUUUCACGUAUUGCUGAAUGAGGAGGUGAGGUUGGCAUGGCAGCGGAAACGUUACGUCACGUCUAGAGGACCAGAAGCUAUAUCUUCUCUAUCAGACCUACACAACAAGAUGAAACUGAAUCAAAUCUCGCCAACGCUUCCUGCCAAAAUGACAAGAUUUACCUGCACAACGAAUCACGUGUGAAUGAUCUUUCCAUGGGUUAGAUGGAUGGAUGAAUGAAGAUGGUAUUGGCCACGGUUCAUUUAGAUCGAAGAGUCUUCCUCUUUUCCAUUGUUUAUAACGUAAUUCAAUGAAAUACGGAGACUCUUAGAAAAUAUGCAUGAAGUGUAGUUGUAAUACCUUUUGGAAACUUGCUCUCAGAUCGUAUUUAGUAUUUGUUACCAUUUU